AUGUCCUCUCCACCGAUCAAAACCGUCAUGGUGGUGGGUGCAUCCGGCAACACUGGAGUGCACAUAGUCGACAGUUUGCUAGCUGCGGGCUUCACCGUGUCGGCACUCACUCGCGAAACGUCCAAAACAACCUUUGCCGACAAUGUCCAGGUUGUGAAGUCUGACUACACCAUCCCUUCGCUGACUCGAGCCUUCCAAGGACAAGACGCCGUUGUGUCGACGAUUGCGACCUUUUCGGUCACUGAACAGAUCAAAAUUAUCGAUGCCAUGAUUGCAGCUGGUGUCAAGCGCUUCAUUCCUUCCGAGUAUGGCAUUGACACCUCAGACCCAAGGAUUAUGGAGUUACUACCACCCGCCGGCGAGAAGGCGCGGAUCAUUGGCUAUCUGAAGACCAAGGAAGGCAAGAUCUCCUGGACUGGUGUCAUUAAUGGCGGUUACUUUGACUGGGUCCUGAUUGGUGGGGGCAUGGGCUGGAAUCUGCGGACUCGAUCGGUCAAGGUCCACGAUAGUGGUGAUCAGCUAUGGGAAGGCACCAAUAUCGGUCAGAUUGCAAAUGCAGUCACCGCUUGUCUGUCUACAGAGCACUACGACGAGACAAGCAACACAUACAUCUACAUCAACAGCUUCACGGUGAGCCAGAACCAAGUCAUUGCUGAACUGGAGAAAGCGUUGGGUAGUAAGCUCGAGAUCCAGCGCGUCAACGGCGCCCAGGUUGCUGAAGCUGCUCGCGAAGAGAUGGCGAAGGGCGAGUUCGAGAACGUAGCCGGAAGUCCGUAUAUAAAAGGCACUGUCGACCUGAUCACUUGUGAAGUCUUCAAUUUAGAUGGACUGAACAAUUUCUCGGCAACUCGGGGACUGUGGAACGAUCGGCUGGGUCUUCCGAAGGAGAGUCUGGAGGAUACCAUUCGCCGAGUCGUCAAAGCCAUCGCCUGA